GUCUGUCUGUCUGUCUGGCAGACUGCUUCCCCCCACCUCUUUCCCACGGAGCCCGAGCCGGGCGCCGGCUGGGGAGUGGGGAGUGGGUGGGGGGAGCCAGCAGAGUUCCAUUUUGGAACGCCCGCGCCUCGUCUCCGCGUUCCCGGCCCCGGGUCCCCGCGCUGCCCAGCCCCGGCGCAGGUCUCCGUGCACUGGCUGCCGCCCCAGGAGUCCGGAUGCAAGAUUCCCAGGAUGUAAGCAACACGGCUGGUCCUGAUAUGAGGCUGCCUGGUGUGCUCGGAGAUCGGUCCAGUUACGACCUUCUGUGCUGAAAUCAUUCUGCAAACUGUAAGCUCAGACUUCAGCAUUAAAGAACAGCCAAAGGCAUCAGAGAGGGAAUAAAGCCAAGACUCGCUCUCCUCUCCCUACCUUCUCCAAAAGUAAGCUGCCGCUCAAAGACAGGCAGAAUGGCAAGCAAACGGAAAUCUACCACUCCGUGCAUGGUUCGGACAUCACAGGUGGUAGAACAGGAUGUGUCUGAGGAGGUAGAUAGGGCCAAAGACAAAGAAAUAGCCACAGCACACUCCGACGUGGCCAAGGACAGCUGGGCAGCAGAACCCGAAAACUCUUCCAAAGAAGAUGAAUUGAUAGAGGUGAAAUCUAUGGGAGAGAACCAGUCCAAAAAACUCCAGGGCGGUUAUGAGUGCAAAUACUGCCCGUAUUCCACCCAAAAUCUGAACGAGUUCACGGAACACGUGGACAUGCAGCACCCCAACGUGAUUCUCAACCCCCUGUACGUGUGCGCUGAAUGUAACUUCACAACCAAAAAGUACGACUCCUUGUCUGACCACAACUCCAGGUUCCAUCCCGGGGAGACAAACUUCAAGCUGAAAUUGAUCAAGCGCAAUAAUCAAACCGUCUUGGAGCAGUCCAUCGAAGGUACCAACCAUGUCAUGUCCAUCACUGCCAGUGAUGACCAUGACCCUGAAAUCUCGGUGAGUAAAACCCCCAUGAUGAAGGCAGGAAAACCCAAGGCAGAUGCCAAGAAAGUGCCCAAGAAGCCCGAGGAGGCUACCCCUGAAAACCAAGUGGAGGGGACUACCCACCUGGUGACAGACACAGCAGAAAUCCUCUCUAGACUUGGAAGUGUAGAGCUUCUCCAAGACUCGCUGGGACACGUCAUGCCUUCUGUACAGCUGCCACCAAAUAUCAACCUUGUCCCCAAGGUCCCCGUCCCACUGAAUACUACCAAAUACAACUCUGCCCUGGACACAAACGCCACCAUGAUCAACUCCUUCAACAAGUUCCCUUAUCCCACCCAGGCUGAGUUGUCCUGGCUGACAGCUGCCUCCAAGCAUCCAGAGGAACACAUCAGAAUCUGGUUUGCCACCCAGCGCUUAAAGCACGGCAUCAGCUGGUCCCCAGAGGAGGUAGAGGAGGCCAGGAAGAAGAUGUUCAAUGGCACCAUCCAGUCAGUACCCCCUACGAUCACUGUGCUUCCUGCCCAGUUGACCCCCACAAAGAUGUCACAGCCCAUCCUCCAGACAGCUCUGCCAUGCCAGAUCCUUGGCCAGACCAGCCUGGUGCUGACUCAGGUGACCAGUGGGUCAACAACUGUCUCUUGCUCCCCCAUCACACUUGCAGUGACUGGGGUGACCAACCAUGGACAGAAGAGACCUUUAGUAUCUUCCCAAGCUGUGCCUGAGUCCAAGCGCCCACACAUCACUCAGGUGCCAGAGCCUCCACCCAAGGUGGUCAACACCCCGCUCACCCCAACCAAUGACCGCAAGAAGACCAAGUUGCAGAUUGCACACCUCAAGGCAAGCUUCCUACAGAGUCAGUUCCCUGAUGACGCUGAGGUCUACCGACUGAUCGAGGUGACAGGCCUUGCCAGGAGCGAAAUCAAGAAGUGGUUCAGCGACCACCGGUAUCGAUGUCAAAGGGGCAUCGUCCACAUCACCAGCGAAUCCAUUGCCAAAGACCAGAUGGCCAUUGCCGCCUCCCAGCAUGGUCGUACCUACCAUGCAUACCCAGACUUCACCCCCCAGAAGUUCAAAGAGAAAACCCAAGGGCAGGUUAAAAUCCUAGAAGACAGCUUUGUGAAAAGCUCUUUUCCUACCCAAGCAGAACUGGAUCGGCUAAGGGUGGAGACCAAGCUGAGCAGGAGAGAGAUCGACUCCUGGUUCUCAGAGAGGCGGAAGCUUCGGGAUAGCAUGGAACAGGCUGUCUUGGAUUCCAUGGGCACUGGCAAAAAGGGUUCAGAUGUGGCAGCCCCCAAUGGUGCUCUAUCUCGACUUGAUCAGAUCUCCAGUGCCCAGUUAGCCAGUUCUCUGCCCAGCCCAUCACCAGCAAGUACACAAAACCAAGAACAGGUUCAUCUCCUACGGAGCACUUUUGCAAGAACCCAGUGGCCUACUCCCCAGGAGUACGACCAGUUAGCUGCCAAGACAGGCCUUGUCCGAACUGAGAUUGUGCGCUGGUUCAAGGAGAACAGAUGUUUGCUCAAAACUGGAACCUUGAAGUGGCUGGAACAGUACCAACAGCAACACCUGGCAGAUGAGCAUGGCUAUGAUGUCGUCUCCAGGAAGACAACAAAAAAAGUUGCUGAGAGCCCAAAGAACGGAAGUGAGGUGGCUCCACAAUGUCACAAAGACCCCAAGGCACUCUGCGAAGAAGAUUCAGAGAAGUUUGUCUCCAGAGUAAAAGUGGGUAGAGAACAAGGCAAGGACGGUUUAACAGGCAAGCCCUCAGAGACCACCUUAGACAGGUCAGAGGGCAGCAGCCAAGAUGGCCAGGGCAGCGACGAGAACGAGGAGUCAGGCAUCGUGGAGUUUGUGGAGGUGACAGUUGGAGAAGAGGAUGCCAUCUCAGACAGGUGGGAUAGCUGGAGACAGGCAAUAGCAAAAGGCAAGGCAGAAGUGGCUGACUCUGACUCCGACGGUGUCCCUGCUGAGGCUGGUCAGGUCUAGACAGGGCACUCGGUCAGAACCUCUACACUGGUAAAGGAGUUGCUCUGUCUUUGAAGAAAGAAGAGAACUGCCCUCCCCGCAGCCAUGGCACCCUCACCAGUGACUCUGUGGAGCUGGUUCACUUGCGUGUGCCUGGAGGGCACAGGAGCCCCCGGCCAUGCCCAGCGCACCUCCCAGAGGGCGGGUGUGGCUUGUUCAUAGUGCCCAAGUCCCAACUGCUGCAUUUUCAGUGGGUCCUUGUAUACGGUUUCCUCCUCUGCCCCACCCCCACCUCUUGCUAUACUGGAAUCGAUUUGUACAAUGUGGGAAUUUUAUUACCUUUAUAAUCAAGGGCAACUUCCGUUUCCAGCACUAGUAGAGUAAAGUUGUUUUUCCCCCAGGAAGGAGGGCUAACCGCAUUGCUUUUUUUCCUAUGCUUUACUGUUAUGUUUAUUUUAUUAACGUGGGGAGGAAAUGUUAGUAUUAGUGCCAGUAUAUCUACUGCAUUUUAGAUAGAGAGAGUUUAUUUUUGAAAGAUAGUUGGAAAUUUGGAAGAUUUUUUUUCUUUUUUUUUCUUUCUUUUUUUUUUUUUUUUGGUGGGAAGGGUUGAGGUUGGUCCUCUGGCUCAACUUGGAGCAUCAAAUUCAUUUCCAGUUCUUGACCAGGCUACCUUUGGCGGACUCUGGCUGAGCCAAACAUUGACUUUCUGAAUUGCCAAGAGGUUGAGCUGGCUUUUCAACUGCUUGGGAUGUAGACCCCAUGGCUGCCCUCUUGACACGCCUUUUGGGUACCAGCAGAAAGGGCUGCCACGCUUGUUAGCGUCAUGACGCUGAUGAAGUUGAAAGAAACAAUGAUCUUCCUGCCUAGAUGGUACAAAGAGGAACAACUCUGGUUUUCAUUUCCCUUCUUUACUUCCUUUUCUGGAUGUGUUAUUUGGCAAGAUUUCAGCUUGAAGCCUCACCAUGGACUGAUUUUUCUUUUCUUUCUU